AUGGAACCACGAAGCCAAAAAUCGAUAUUUAUGAAGAAAUUACACCCAAAAUAUGCUACUGGAAUUCCAACCAACUCAGGAGUAUAUUCUAUGGACAGACCUCCAAAAGGACUUUUACUUGAUCCGGCUACCCAAUACAGUGUUACACCUCCUCCUUCCCACGAAUAUUUCAAAAUCAGAAAGAGCAGAGCAAAUUCAGUAAUCCUUAGGAUGAAUAAAUUUGGAGAAUGGAUGGACAAUUUUGCUCAAGGAAUCGGAGAGCAUGUGAAAUUAGGACCCAAAUUAACAGAAACUUUGAAAGGGAAGUUGAGGCUGGGGGCAAGAAUCCUUCAAGUAGGCGGCCUGGAUAAAAUUUUCAAGCAGAACUUCAGUGUUAGCAAUGGUGAAAAGCUUUUAAAGGCUUCUCAAUGCUAUUUAUCGACCACAGCUGGGCCGAUCGCAGGCCUCCAAUUUAUUUCCACUGAUAAAGUUGCCUUCUGCAGUGAGAGAUCAAUUAAACUCUCUUCUCCAACUGGAAAACAGCUUAAAAUACAUUACAAGGUCACGAUCCCACUAGCGAAAAUAAAGAGAACCAAUGAAAGCGAAAAUGCAGAAAAACCAAGGCAAAAAAAAUCGACAUUUGUGAAUAAAUUAGAUAAGAAAUAUGCUAUAGGAAUUCCAAUAAACUCCAUGGACAGAUCUCCAAGAGGACUUUUAACCGAUCCUGCUAGCCAAUUCAGUGUUAUGCCUUCUCCUUCCCAUCAGUAUUUCAAUAUCAGACACAGUAAAGCACAUUUAGCAAUCCUUAGGAUGAAGAAACUUGGAGAAUGGAUGGAUAAUUUUACACAAGGAAUCCGAGAGCAUGUGAAACUGGGACCCAAAUUUACAGAAACUGUAAAAGGGAAGUUGAGGCUCGGGGCAAGAAUCCUUCAUGUAGGUGGAGUGGAAAAGGUUUUCAAGAAGAUCUUCAAUGUUUCCCAUGGUGAAAAGCUUUUAAAGGCUUCUCAAUGCUAUUUAUCGACAACAACUGGGCCGAUAGCAGGCCUACUGUUCAUUUCCACUGAUAAAAUUGCCUUCUGCAGUGAGAGAUCAAUUAAACUCUCUUCUACAUCAGGAAAGCUGCUUAAAAUACAUUACAAGGUCGUAAUCCCUCUAGGUAAAAUAAAGAGAGUUGAUGAAAGUGAAAAUGCAAAAAAACCAAAGCAAAAGUAUGUGCAAAUAGUUACCGAGGACAAUUUCGAGUUCUGGUUCAUGGGAUUUCUAAAUCAUCAAAAAGCUUUCAAGUAUUUGCAGCAGGCAACCACCCAAGAUCCAUCACUAAAAUUCAAGAUCCAACAACUGCUCUUUUCCGGUUUCCUCUAUAUAAAGAGUGAAGAAGCAUUGCUGGAUCCCAGAAAGCUUCUUGUAUCUGACUCAUCAUUGAUGUCUUCGAACAUUUCAUUACUUACAAGCGAAGCAAGGAGAUAUCCGAAAGGACUUUUAUCAGAUUCUGCCAGUCAAUACAGCGUUGCGCCUUCUCCUUCCAAUGGAUUUUUCAAAAUCAGAAAGAGCAGGACAAAUUCAGGAAUCCUUGGGAUGAAUAAAUUUGGAGAAUGGAUGGAUAAUUUUGCACAAGGAAUCCGAGAGCAUGGUAAUGCCUUGGCCUAG